AUGGAGGGCAUGGAAACGACGUCGUUGCUAUCCGAUGACGAGAUCACUUCGGACGAAGUACCUCCAAAAGGAAGAAAUAGACUUCCCAAGUUUAUAGCAGACUCCGAAUGUCACUCUUACAAAAAAGCCAUCUCCGAUGGCUACUUUUAUCUCGAAUGUCCAUUUUCAGCCAAGAAGUCACAUUACCAUUGUAUGGCUUGCACUAAGUCGUUUAUCAAUCUUUCCGAACACUCACAACAAAGCUGCCAAACAAUAGUGAAGAGCAAUGGCAACAAAAUGGUAUGCUCACGACCUUUUUGCAAAUUGAAGAAGAAGCAGUGGCAUUUCCACUGUGCCGUCUGUGAUCAGGGAUUUUCUGAGCGGAGCAAGUUCCAGAAUCACGUGGGAAAGCACAGAAUCACCAUUUCCAAAGGCCCCGUUCAUAUUGUAAAUCAACGAUCGAUACUCUGGAAGAGAGAGGGCAAUGGCGAAACAGUAGGGGAAUUCCAAAUGGUGAACUUUAUGGCAGAUGUCUCAAAGAAGAAUACGCUGGCACUGGAAUCAACUCGCACAUCAACGCCAGAAGACGACAGCCUGCCACUCGAUCUGAGAGUUAAGAAAUCUCCUGCGGUAUCGUCAGCAGUCCAGAUGACACAUGAAGCCCGUUCACAUUCCACAGCAGCAGAUCCCCCAUUUACACUGCGAAGAAUCACAUUUUCUCUGUGA